AUGUUCCGGAUGUUGACCAAGGCCAGUGUGACGCUGGGCUCCAGAGCGGCAGGUUGGGUAAGGACCAUGGGCUCGCAGCAGCUGCUGGUGCCACCCCCUGAGGCCCUGAGCAAGCCCCUGUCUGUUCCUAAGAGGCUCCUGUUGGGUCCGGGGCCCUCCGACCUGGCUCCCCGUGUGCUGGCGGCCGGAAGUCUGAGGAUGAUUGGCCACAUGCAAAAAGAGAUGUUUCAGAUCAUGGAGGAGAUCAAGCAAGGUAUCCAGUAUGUGUUCCAGACCAGGAACCCCCUCUCACUGGUUGUCAGCGGUUCAGGACACUGCGCCAUGGAGACUGCCCUGUUCAACCUUCUAGAGCCUGGAGACUCCUUUCUAGUCGGGACUAACGGCAUCUGGGGAAUGCGGGCUGCAGAGAUGGCUGAGCGCAUUGGAGCCCGUGUGCACCAGAUGAUCAAGCAGCCUGGAGAACAUUACACACUGCAGGAGGUGGAGGAGGGCCUGGCUCAGCACAAGCCGGUAUUGCUGUUCCUGACCCACGGGGAGUCAUCCACCGGUGUGCUGCAGCCCCUGGAUGGUUUCGGGGAGCUCUGCCACAGGUACCAGUGCCUACUCCUGGUGGACUCUGUGGCAUCACUGGGUGGGGCCCCUAUCUACAUGGACCAACAAGGUAUUGACGUCAUGUACUCUGGCUCUCAGAAGGUCCUGAAUGCCCCACCAGGGGUCUCCCUCAUCUCCUUCAACGACAAGGCCAAACGCAAGGUCUACUCCCGGAAGACAAAGCCAGUCUCCUUCUACACAGACAUCACAUACUUGGCCAAGUUGUGGGGCUGUGAGGGAAAGACCAGAGUAAUUCAUCACACCAUGCCUGUCACCAGCUUAUACUGCCUGAGGGAGAGCCUGGCACUCAUUGCAGAGCAGGGCCUGGAGAAUUCCUGGCGGCGUCACAGGGAGGCCACAGCACAUCUGCACAAACGCCUGCAGGAGCUGGGCUUGAAGUUGUUUGUGAAGGACCCGGAAAUCCGGCUCCCCACAAUCACCACCGUGUUUGUGCCUGCCGGCUACGACUGGAGGGACAUCGUCAGCUACGUACUGAACCGCUUCAGCAUUGAAAUCUCUGGCGGUCUUGGGCCCACUGAGGAGAAGGUGCUGCGGAUAGGCCUCCUGGGCGGGAACGCCACCACAGAGAAUGUCGACCGUCUGGCCGAGGCCCUGAGGGAAGCCCUGCAACGGUGUCCUAAGAACAAGUUGUGA